AUGUCUGAUCAUGCUCAACAACAAUUACAUUCACUCGUUCUUUCUGCUGAGUUGAAUUCAGAAAAUGAAAAUAUUGAACAACUCGGUCCGAUCAUAAAAUCCAUUUAUGACACAGAACGACAAGAAGCUUUCCUUGAACAGUUAGCUACUUUUGUGAGAAAGAAGGAAGGCGAGAUCGAGCGGAUGUGUAAUAGUAAUUAUCAGGAAUUCGUACAUUCCGUAGAUCAACUGUUAAAAGUUAGACAAGGAACUGUUAAUUUGAAAAAUAAAAUCAUUGAUUUAAACUAUGAUCUUCAAAAAUCUGGAAAAAAAGUUGCUGCAAAGAAAAAAGAACUUAUCCAAACGCGUAAAAUUCAGAAAAAUAUUGAUGAAGCAGUGGGGACUUUACAAUUAUGUUUAAAUGUUCUUGAUAUGGCCAAUCGAGUUAAUUAUCUAGUUGAAGAGCGAAAAUAUUAUUCUGCUUUGAGGACUGUGCAUUUACGAAAAGUUAUUCAAUAUGAAUUUGCCAAGCAUAUGCAUGAAUCUAUACCUGUCAUGCAAAAUAGUGUCAAAGAUGCUGUCACUAAAGAGAUGAAAGAGUGGCUAUUUCGUGUUCGGGAAGUGACGCGACAAGUUGGUAAAUUGGCUAUGGAACAAAUGAGAUUGCGUCAAGAGCGAUGGAAAGUGAAAGUAUCUAAGAAUCCUGAUUUACGUUCCGUUCCUGUCAGUUCUCCGAUUGAAAUUGUAAUGAAUGAAGAAAACGAAUUUAACAUUAUAAAUAACAAAGAAGUACAGAUAGAUUUUAAGCCAUUAUAUCAAUGCUUACACAUUUAUGAAGAACUCGGGAAACUUAAUGAAUUCAAAUCAAAUUAUGAAGAAGAUAGAAAGGCCCAAGCAAAUUUGGUUCUUUCAGAAUCUUAUACGUUAAGAGAGAAUAAUGACAAGGGCUUUGAGGCUUUCCUUCAAGAUGUUGUUGGGUUCUUUGUCAUUGAACACGUUAUUGUGCAUUCAACACAAAAUUUUCGAUCACGGGCAGAAGUAGAUCAUUUAUGGGAUACAGUAAUAGCAAAAGUUGUCAAAAUUGUGGCUGAAAGCUUAGACGAUUGUCGUGAUCCUGAAUUAUUUAAGCAAAUCAAGUUUAACUUAUUUACAUUCAUUCAGACAUUAGAGGAUUACGGAUAUAAUAUUAAUAGUUUUAUAGAUUUAGUCAGAACCGUUUUCCAGAAAUAUUCUGACAUGUUGAAACACAAGUUUUCAGUAGAUUUUCAUCAAACAAUCAUUGAUGAUGAUUAUAUGCCAAUGCAAGUUUCUUUCCGUGAAGAGUAUGAAGCAGUGGUUGAUGCUUGUUGGUUUAAAGAAAAUCAUCGUAUUAGUCAAGGAUUUCCAAAAACGCUUCCAUUUUCUCAAGCAUAUCCUUCCUGUUGUUUGGAUAUUAAAAAUUUUGUGAAUCAAUAUUAUCAAUUUGCAGAGGACGAUUCGAAGAGAUACAGUUAUGUUGAUGAUAUAGUCCAACGGACUCUUGACCAUCUUCUUAUCGAUCAUGUGGAUGGAGCGUUACGUGGAAAAUUACAAAGUACUAAUAUGUCACAAAUUGUCCAGAUCAUAAUUAACCUCGAAUAUUUUGAAGGUGCAUGUGGUGAACUCGAAAAGUUGCUUAAAGCUAAAAGGUCUUCACACCGUGGAGGAAAUAUUAAAUUGUAUGCAAUAGAUGAGUUUAGGGAGACACGUAAGAAAGCCGAAAAACGUAUAUUUGAAUUAGUUAAUUCCAAGAUCGAUGACUUUUUGGAAUUAGCAGAUUAUGAUUGGGCACCUGCAUCGUGUCAAAAGCAUCCAAGUCCAUUUCUUCAAGAUAUGGUUGGAUUUCUUGGCGCUCUUAUCAGCUCUACAUUAUAUAAUUUACCAGUUUCGAUCAAAACUUUUAUAUAUUUUGAUGCCCUAAGUCAUUUGGCAACUUCUAUUCGUGAUUUAAUUUUGAACCCAGGUGUUAAAAGAAUUAACUCUAAUGCUAUAAUGAAUUUUGAUUUGGAUGUCACAUUUUUGGAAAAUUUUGCACGUGGACUCGAAGAUCCGAAUAUUGCUGAUGCAUUUUUAGAAUUGAGACAGAUUGUCACAUUGCUUCGGGCAGAUAAUGUAGAAGAGUAUUUAGAUCCUUCUUUGCGAAACAGAAAAUAUUCUCAUCUCAGACCAACAGACGUGGUUAAUUUAUUCGAAAAAUGGUUAAAAGAUCAAACAGUAAUUAGUAUGGAUCAAGAUGAACGAGCAAAAAGACGAGCGAUGGAAGGCGUUGUACGUUCUUUACGAUUUUCUACUAAAGAAUAA